CUCCGGCGGCCUAUUUAACCGGCUCUCCUCUGGGGGAGGUGGAAGAUUGGUAGGUGGUGGUCGCAAUUCGCAUCGCACACGCAGCACAACUACUCUCUCUCAGGGCCUCCUUCUUCGUCGUCGUCCACGCACGCAGAUCUAAACGCAGCAGCCAAGGUAGGAGAUGGCUCUCACGAGAAUUGGUCUUGCUGGCCUUGCGGUCAUGGGGCAGAACCUUGCCCUUAACAUUGCAGAGAAAGGGUUCCCUAUCUCUGUCUACAACAGGACAACUUCCAAGGUCGAUGAGACUGUUCAGCGCGCCAAGAUAGAAGGAAACCUUCCUCUGUAUGGUUUCCAUGACCCUGCAUCCUUUGUGAACUCCAUUCAGAAGCCACGUGUCGUCAUCAUGCUUGUCAAGGCCGGUGCACCAGUUGACCAGACCAUUGCAACACUCGCGGCACACUUGGAGCAGGGUGACUGUAUCAUUGAUGGAGGAAACGAGUGGUACGAGAACACUGAAAGGAGGGAGAAGGCGAUGGAGGAGCGUGGACUCCUCUAUCUCGGGAUGGGUGUUUCUGGAGGAGAGGAGGGUGCCCGCCAUGGCCCGUCCAUGAUGCCUGGAGGCUCAUUGGAGGCAUACCAGUACAUUGAAGAUAUUCUUCUCAAGGUGUCUGCUCAAGUCCCUGACAGUGGCCCGUGCGUCACAUACAUUGGGAAGGGUGGAUCAGGAAACUUUGUCAAGAUGGUUCACAAUGGAAUCGAGUAUGGAGACAUGCAACUGAUCGCUGAGGCAUAUGAUGUUCUUAAGUCGGUUGGUAAGCUCACAAACAGUGAGCUGCAGCAGGUUUUCUCCGAGUGGAACAAGGGUGAGCUCCUCAGUUUCUUGGUCGAGAUCACUGCUGACAUAUUUGGCAUCAAGGAUGACCAAGGUGAAGGCUACUUGGUCGACAAGGUCCUGGACAAGACUGGGAUGAAAGGAACAGGGAAAUGGACAGUCCAGCAGGCUGCUGAGCUCUCUGUGGCUGCUCCUACCAUUGAGGCUUCCUUGGAUUCCAGGUUCCUCAGCGGGUUGAAGGAUGAGCGGGUUGCGGCCUCCAAAAUCUUCCAAGGUGACUACUCCACUGAUCUACCUGUCGACAAGGCACAGUUGAUUGAGGAUGUGAGGAAAGCCCUCUAUGCCUCAAAGAUCUGCAGUUACGCUCAGGGCAUGAACAUCAUCAAGGCCAAGAGCACGGAGAAAGGAUGGGGCCUCAACCUUGGUGAGCUAGCCAGGAUUUGGAAGGGUGGGUGCAUCAUCCGCGCCAGCUUCCUGGACCGCAUCAAGAAGGCUUAUGACAGGAACGCUGAGCUUGCCAACCUUCUCAUAGACCCUGAGUUUGCGCAGGAGAUCAUGGACAGACAAGCUGCGUGGCGGAGGGUUGUCUGCCUGGCUAUCAACAAUGGUGUCAGCACCCCAGGCAUGUCCGCGAGUCUGGCGUACUUUGACUCCUACCGGAGGGACAGGCUGCCCGCGAACCUGGUGCAGGCACAGAGGGACUACUUUGGGGCUCACACCUACGAGAGGGUUGACAUGCCAGGCUCUUUCCACACCGAGUGGUUCAAGAUUGCAAACUCGAAGAUCUGAGCUGCUGCUGCUCCACUGAGUGACGGCACGGCAACAUAUAAGGCAAUGUGUCAUAUUUUCAGUAUCUCUGGUUGCCAGUUAUGAAUCCUUUUUUCCUGUAGGGGAGAAACUGCUGUUAAUUUUUAUUUGAGUAAUGAGUCUUGUAUUUAAAUAUCGAUAAGGAGAUCCAAUAUUCUCUCCACUACUUUCAUGUAAUCAACCCUGUAGGGAAAAACAUUGUUUGUUUGUCAGAUCUCCCACAACCAUCAUUCUGAAUUAGUAUGAAUAAAUAUGUUUUUGCGUGUCCUCCCAGUCA